UGCUAUAAAUAUGUUCACGGUCUCAAGUCGCAACGUAGUAAGCAAGUGAGAAACAUAAGUCUAAAGUACGUAAAAGAGGCAGAGAUAUGGCUAUGAGGCGUGCUACUGAAUCUGCAAUUCGGGCUUUUACCUCCCACGCCAACUCCUUGCAUUUCACCAGACAACUUCAUGCUUCUCCAGGGAGCAAAAAGAUUGUGGGUGUGUUCUAUAAAGCGAAUGAAUAUGCUUCCCUGAAUCCCAAAUUCCUGGGCUGCGCUGAGAAUGCUUUGGGGAUCCGUGAAUGGCUGGAAUCAAAGGGGCAUCAGUACAUCGUUACUCCUGACAAAGACGGACCAGAUUGUGAGCUUGAGGAGCACAUCCCUGAUCUCCACGUGUUGAUAACCACUCCCUUCCAUCCGGCCUACGUCACGGCCGAAAGGAUCAAGAAGGCAAAGAAUUUGCAGCUGUUACUGACUGCUGGAAUUGGUUCAGAUCAUAUAGAUCUCAAUGCGGCCGCCGCCGCUGGAUUGACGGUGGCGGAGGUCACCGGGAGCAACGUUGUUUCGGUUGCAGAGGAUGAACUUAUGCGUAUCCUAAUUCUUGCCCGGAAUUUUGUUCCGGCACACCAGCAGGUCAUCAACGGGGAGUGGGAUGUUGCGCGUAUUGCAUAUAGAGCUUAUGAUCUGGAAGGGAAAACCGUUGGAACAGUUGGUGCAGGUCGUAUUGGACGGCUUCUGCUGCAGAGGCUGAAACCGUUUAAGUGUAGUCUGUUGUAUCAUGAUCGCCUCAAGAUGGACCCGGAGUUGGAGAAGGAAAUAGGUGCAAAUUUUGAGGAAGAUCUUGACGCCAUGCUGUCAAAAUGUGACGUAGUUGUCAUCAACAUGCCUCUCACUGAUAAAACCAGAGGGAUGUUCGACAAACAUCAAAUUGCAAAGAUGAAGAAGGGAGUUCUUAUAGUGAACAACGCCCGGGGAGCAAUCAUGGACACUCAAGCAGUUGUGGAUGCCUGUUCCAGUGGCCACAUUGCUGGUUACAGUGGCGAUGUUUGGAACCCACAGCCAGCUCCCAAGGAUCACCCAUGGAGAUAUAUGCCAAACCAAGCAAUGACCCCUCAUAUUUCUGGAACUACCAUUGACGGACAGUUGCGCUAUGCUGCGGGAGUUAAGGACAUGCUGGACAAGUACUUUAAGGGCGAAGAGUUUCCUGCACAAAACUACAUUGUCAAGGAUGGAAAACUGGCAAGCCAGUACAGAUAAAUGGCUUCUAUUACUU